GUGGGUGCAUAUAGUGAACUUCCCAUUAAUGCUAAUAAAUUUCUGAUACCUAAUUUAGCAGAGAAGACUUUGCUUAGAGUUAGAGCGAUCUGAUCUGAUCUUAUCUACGUCUUUUAUCUCCAAGCCGCAUUGUGGUAUCUCUUAUUUUGUCUGGUUCAAUCGAGAGCCAAGUAGAAAAGUCACUAUGCUCAUUGGUGUUUGACUCUGUGGUUGUAGUUCUUUUAUUUCCAUCUAGACGCAGGCACUGAUGAUGGCUUCAUCACAAAGUUGUAGCUGUCGAUUGUUAAAGAUGUUUUUGUCUCUUGCUGUCCAGAUCGCCCAUAUAAUCCUAGGAAACAAAGGUUCCUCUCCCAUGCCAGUUGGUGGAAGAACACCGAAUCUUUUUCUCCCACCACCGAUCACCACCACCGGAAACGGCGUUAUGGAUUCUCAAGCCCAAGUGUUUAGAUCGGAGUUCCUUCGUGUUCUCCUGAGUCGACGAUCUCCUGAAGUUCCACUAAUGGUGGAUUAUUCGAAUUCUGUCGAGAACCCUCUCUUUCAAUCCGAUGUUCCAUCUACAGAAGUAAAAAAAAAUUGUAUUCUAUUUGUAAUGGGGAAUAUAAAGGAUGCAGAGCAAGGGAGAUUGCCUUUGCUUAUUUUAAGCUUGAAGAAGACAAGUGAACAAAGAAGGCCAGCGAUUGUGUUUAUGCACGGCACAAACACAAACAAAGAAUGGUUAAGGCCAUGGCUCGAAGCAUAUGCUUCGAGGGGAUAUGUAGCCAUCGGUUUAGACUCUCGCUACCACGGGGAACGCGCUUACAACUGCAAAACUGCAUAUAAUGAUGCUCUUAUAUCAUCUUGGAAAAAUGGAAACACAAUGCCUUUUAUCUUUGAUACUGUUUGGGAUUUGAUCAAACUAGCUGAAUAUCUUACUAAGAGGGAUGAUAUAGACCCAAAAAGGAUAGGAAUCACUGGCAUUUCGCUAGGAGGGAUGCAUGCUUGGUUUGCUGCUGCAGCUGACACACGCUAUUCCGUGGCUGUCCCUUUAAUCGGUGUCCAGGGAUUUAGAUGGGCAAUAGACAAUGAUGAGUGGGAAGCAAGAGUCAACAGUAUAAAACCUUUAUUUGAAGAAGCAAGGAUUGAUCUGGGAAAGAGUGUAAUCGACAAAGAAGUAGUCGAAAAGGUGUGGAACAGAAUAGCUCCUGGACUAGCUUCUAAGUUUGACUCACCUUACUCAUUACCAGUGAUUGCUCCACGGCCUCUUUACAUCCUUAACGGUGCCAAGGAUCCUCGGUGCCCUCUUGGCGGACUAGAAGUUCCUUUAAAGAGAGCUGAGAAGGCGUAUAAGGAAACUGGUUCUUCUGGAAAUUUUAAGUUCAAAGCAGAAGAUGGAGUUGGACACGAAGUGACGAGUUAUAUGAUCAAAGAGUCAUCAGACUGGUUUGACAAAUUCCUUAAAUAAACCGGUGGACAUGACAUGUCCAAUUGUAAUAUUGGUAAAAUUGUAAACUAAUAAUAAGAAGAAGAAACAUCUCUGCUUGUAAACUGAAAUUCACUUGUUGCAAAUCAUUAUCAUUAACGAAAUCGAAAA